AUGAAUCCCGGCCAUGAACAGUCAGCUCUCUCUCCAGCCAAAAUGCGGCAAUACUCACACCUCCACGCGCAGCUAGCUCAGCUCAACGCCAACCUCGCCGAUACACAGAAUCUCAUGCGCAUGACGAGUGCUCAGGCAAGCGACCUUAGGUUUCUGGGUGGUUACGUAGGGAGCUUGUUUAUGGGCGCCGCAAAAGUCCUGGGUGAGGAGGGAAUCAAUGGACAGGAAAACAGCGCUAACAAGGUCGAAAAAGAUGGAGGCAAUGGGAAAGAGACCGCACAAACGAAGGAUGAGAGUGAUGACUAUGAAGACGAUAAUGAAAGACAUGGCUAG